UAACCAGUGGCUUUAACUCUUUAAGCCAAAACCCUUUUAAUCUUCUUUUAUGUCUUCUUCACUAUAUCUGCAUAUAAAUCAUUAUAUUGCCAAGCUCCCCUUGAAGCUUAUUUUCUCAUUAACUUACACUACUGCUACAUUCCAAGAUGUCCAUUUUAACCAAGCAUCAUCAAUUAUUCACAAAUUCUCAUCACUCUUGCAACAAUCUUCAAAAACCCUUAACUGGGUCAAGUCUAUCCAUGCCCAAAUCAUCACUAAUGCCGUAUCCACUGACCACUUUUUGGUGACUAAACUUGUAAAGCUGUACACACAGUUCGGCCUUUUAAGUUAUGCUCGUUACGUGUUUGAUGAAAUUCCUCAACCAACAAUUAUUCUUUGUAAUGCCAUGGUUAAUGGGUAUGUGCAAAAUGAGAAAUACAAGGAUACCCUUGAUCUGUUUCGAUCAAUGUGUUGUUUUGAUUUGGAUAUUGAUAGUUACACCUGUAAUUUUGUGCUUAAAGCAUGCACGGGAUUGGGAGAUUAUGAGAUGGGUAGGGAGAUAAUUAGGUUAGCUUUUGAUAAAGGAAUAAAUGAUGAUCGGUUUCUAGGGAGUUCAAUGAUUAAUUUCUUGGUGAAAUUUGGUGAUAUUGAUGAAGCCAGAAGGGUUUUUAAUGGAAUGCUUGAGAAGGAUGUUGUUUGUUGGAAUUCAAUGAUUGGUGGGUAUGUGAAGGCAUGUCAAUAUGACAAGGCCUUAGGUAUGUUUUUUAGUAUGCGCAAAUGUAGAAUUACACCUAGCCCUGUUACUAUGGUUAGUUUGAUUCAAGCAUGUGGACGUAUGAGAAAUAUUGAGUUUGGAAAAUGUGUACAUGGUUGUGUACUUGGAUUAGGAAUGGGUGAUGAUGUUUUGGUGUUAACCUCUUUGGUUGAUAUGUAUAGUAAGAUGGGUGAAAUUAUACAUGCUCGUUCUAUUUUUGAUGGCAUGCCUACAAAAAGUUUGGUUUCAUGGAAUGCAAUUAUCUCAGGAUAUGUUCAAAAUAGUUCAGUGCAUGAAUCUUUUAAGUUAUUUUGUAGAUUAGUAGAAAGUGGAGGUGGUUUUGAUUCGGGAACCAUAGUCAGCCUCCUUCAUGGCUGUGCUCAAAUAGCUGAUUUGGAAAGUGGGAAAAUUCUUCAUGGUUGUAGUUUCAGAAGAGGCCUUGAGUUGAACCCCAUUUUGUGCACUUCAAUGGUGGAUUUGUAUUCAAAAUGUGGUGCCUUAAAGCAGGCGAAAUUUGUCUUUCACGGAAUGAAAGAGAGGAAUGUAAUUACCUGGACUGCUAUGCUUGUAGGGUUAGCACAGAAUGGACAUGCAGAGGAUGCCCUGAAAUUAUUUAGUCAGAUGCAAGAAGAGGGAGUUGCUGCUAAUCUAGUCACUCUUGUUAGUUUAGUACAAUCUUCUGCUCACUUGGGCUCUUUGAAGAAAGGAAAAAGUGUCCACGCACAAUUAAUGCGGCAAGGCUUUGCUUUUGAUGCAGUUAACAUGACAGCCUUGAUUGAUAUGUAUGCCAAAUGUGGAAAGAUAAACUCUGCUGAGCGGGUAUUUAACAAUGGAUUUGUACCUUUAGAUGUUAUUUUAUGUAACUCCAUGAUAACAGGUUAUGGCAUGCAUGGUCAUGGACAUCAAGCUCUCAGCCUUUAUGGAAUAAUGAUAGAAGAGGGAGUCAGGCCAAAUGAAACCACCUUUAUUUCCCUUCUGACUGCAUGUAGUCACUCAGGGCUUGUGAAAGAAGGGAUGGCAUUGUUUUACAGCAUGGAAAGAGACCAUAAAAUUAGGUCUACGGAUAAGCAUUAUGCUUGCCUUGUGGAUCUUCUUAGUCGAGCAGGACGUCUUGAAGAGGCUGAGGCAUUGAUCAACCAAAUGCCUUUUACCCCUAGCAGUGCUGUUUUUGAAGCAUUUUUGAGUGGAUGUCGAACUCACAAAAACAUCAAUAUGGGAAUGAAAACUGCGGAUAAACUACUCUACUUGGAUGCAAUGAAUCCUGGCACUUACAUUAUGUUAUCAAACAUAUAUGCCGAGGCAAAAAGGUGGGAUGCAGUAAACUACAUCCGGGCCUUAAUGAUGAAUCGAGGAAUUAGAAAAACACCAGGAUAUAGUUUGAUUGAAGUAGAAAACCAAGUCCACUCUUUUUUUGCAGGAGAUGAUUCACAUCCAAAAUGGGCAGAAAUUCACAAGUUCUUGGAGAAUUUGAGAUUACAAGUAGAGGCAUUAGGCUAUGUGCCUGACACUAGCUGUGUUCUCCGCAAUGUGGACAAGCCAAUGACGAUUAAGUUACUAUGGAUGCAUAGUGAGAGAUUAGCCAUUGCAUUUGGACUCUUAAGCACACCAGUUGGAAGCUUGAUUAGGAUCACAAAGAACCUUCGUGUAUGUGGAGACUGUCACAAUGUGACCAAAUAUAUAUCAAAGUUAGUUCAAAGAGAAAUUAUUGUAAGAGAUGCUAAUCGUUUCCACCAUUUUGUUGAUGGAAACUGCUCUUGUAAUGAUUAUUGGUGA